AGUAGGGGUUCAGGCCUGUCCUCCCCAGCGGCUGCGGCAGCACCAACGCCGGCCGCCACCGCCUCUGGAACGCGGAGGAGGAGGAGUGGUUCGAGGAGGAGGAGGUGGGCCCUGGGGAGCGGGAUGCCCAUCGCUCCAGCUUGGUGAAUGCUGAGGAGAGUCACGAUUGCUGCAGUCUGUUCUACCCGCAGGAAGUUGUGGUGUGAGGUCGGACGGGAGCUCGCGGCGCUGUGGAGUAUCGAAGUGCGGGGUCGGUGCGAAGACUCUGCUGCUGCCAGACCCUUUCCUACCCUGACCAUGCCUGGAAGGAACAAGGCGAAGUCUACCUGCAGCUGCCCUGAUCUGCAGCCCAAUGGACAGGAUUUGGGCGAGAGCGGCCGGGUUGCCCGUGUGGGAGCGGAUGAAUCUGAGGAGGAGGGACGGAGGGGGUCUCUCGGUAAUGCCGGAGACCCUGAGAUUAUCAAGUCUCCCAGCGACCCCAAGCAAUACCGAUACAUCAAAUUACGGAAUGGCUUGCAGGCACUUUUGAUUUCAGACCUAAGUAACAUGGAAGGUAAAACAGGAAGUGCAACAGAUGAUGAAGAAGAGGAUGAGGAGGAGGAGGAAGAAGAAGAUGAUGAUGAUGAUGAAGAUUCUGGAGCCGAAAUAGAAGAUGAUGAUGAAGAAGGUUUUGAUGAUGAAGAUGAGUUUGAUGAUGAAGAUGAACGUGAAGAUGAUGAUCUUGAUACUGAAGAUAAUGAACUAGAGGAAUUAGAAGAGAGGGCAGAAGCUAGAAAGAAAACCACUGAAAAACAGCAAUCGCAGAGCCUGUUUUUGCUGUGGUCAAAGCUGACUGAUAGACUGUGGUUUAAGUCAACUUAUUCAAAAAUGUCUUCAACCCUGCUGGUCAAGACAAGAAAUCUUUAUGGGGUAGUUGGAGCUGAAAGCAGGUCUGCACGUGUUCAGCAUUUGGCAGGAUGGCAAGUGGAGGAGCAGCAGGGUGAAACUGACACAGUUCUGUCUGCAGCGGCUCUUUGUGUUGGAGUUGGGAGUUUUGCUGAUCCAGAUGACCUGCCUGGGCUGGCACACUUUUUGGAGCACAUGGUAUUCAUGGGUAGUUUGAAAUAUCCAGAUGAAAAUGGGUUUGAUGCCUUCCUGAAGAAACAUGGGGGUAGCGAUAAUGCCUCAACUGAUUGUGAACGUACGGUCUUUCAGUUUGAUGUCCAGAGAAAAUACUUCAAGGAAGCCUUGGAUAGAUGGGCCCAGUUCUUCAUCCAUCCACUAAUGAUCAGAGAUGCAAUUGACCGUGAAGUUGAAGCUGUUGAUAGUGAAUAUCAACUUGCAAGACCUUCUGAUGCAAACAGAAAGGAAAUGUUAUUUGGAAGCCUUGCUAGACCUGGACAUCCUAUGGGGAAAUUUUUUUGGGCCUGUGGGUUACCCAAACCAAACUUUGGCCAUUUGACGGAUCCAUUUGACACACCAGCAUUUAACAAACUUUAUAGAGUUGUUCCAAUCAGAAAAAUUCAUGCUCUGACCAUCACAUGGGCACUUCCCCCUCAACAGCAACAUUACAGGGUGAAACCACUUCAUUAUAUCUCCUGGCUGGUUGGACAUGAAGGCAAAGGCAGCAUUCUUUCUUACCUUAGAAAAAAGUGCUGGGCUCUUGCACUGUUUGGUGGAAAUGGUGAGACAGGAUUUGAGCAAAAUUCUACUUAUUCAGUGUUCAGCAUUUCUAUUACAUUGACUGAUGAGGGUUAUGAACAUUUCUAUGAGGUUGCUCAUACUGUCUUUCAGUAUUUAAAAAUGCUUCAGAAGUUAGGCCCAGAAAAAAGAAUUUUUGAAGAGAUUCAGAAAAUUGAGGAUAAUGAAUUUCAUUACCAAGAACAGACAGAUCCAGUUGAGUAUGUGGAAAACAUGUGUGAAAACAUGCAACUGUAUCCACUGCAGGACUUUCUCACUGGAGACCAGCUUCUUUUUGAAUACAAACCAGAAGUCAUUGCUGAAGCCCUUCAUCAGUUAGUUCCUCAAAAAGCAAAUCUUGUUCUACUGUCUGGUGCUAAUGAAGGAAAAUGUGACCUCAAGGAGAAAUGGUUUGGGACUCAGUAUAGUAUAGAAGAUGUUGAAAACUCUUGGGCCGAACUCUGGAAGAGUAAUUUUGAAUUAAAUCCAGAUCUUCAUCUUCCAGCUGAAAACAAGUACAUAGCCACGGACUUUACGUUAAAGGCUUUUGAUUGCCCUGAAACAGAAUACCCUGUUAAAAUUGUGAACACUCCACAAGGUUGCCUGUGGUAUAAGAAAGACAACAAAUUCAAAAUCCCCAAAGCAUAUAUACGUUUCCAUCUGAUCUCACCUUUGAUACAGAAGUCUGCAACAAAUGUGGUCCUCUUUGAUAUCUUUGUCAACAUCCUUACUCAUAACCUUGCGGAACCAGCUUAUGAAGCAGAUGUGGCACAACUGGAGUAUAAACUGGUAGCUGGAGAACAUGGUUUAAUUAUUCGAGUGAAAGGAUUCAACCAUAAACUACCUCUACUGUUUCAGCUCAUUAUUGACUACCUAACUGAGUUCAAUUCCACACCAGCUGUCUUUACAAUGAUAACUGAGCAGUUGAAGAAGACCUACUUUAACAUCCUCAUCAAGCCUGAGACUCUGGCCAAAGACGUGCGGCUUUUAAUCCUGGAAUAUGCCCGUUGGUCUAUGAUUGACAAGUACCGGGCUUUGAUGGAUGGCCUUUCCCUUGAGUCUCUGCUGAACUUCAUCAAAGAGUUCAAAUCCCAGCUCUUUGUUGAGGGCCUGGUGCAAGGGAAUGUCACAAGCACAGAAUCUAUGGAUUUCCUAAAAUACGUUGUUGACAAGCUAAACUUCAUGCCUCUGGAGCAGGAGAUGCCUGUGCAGUUCCAGGUGGUAGAGCUGCCCAAUGGCCACCACCUGUGCAAAGUGAGAGCUCUGAACAAGGGUGAUGCCAACUCCGAAGUCACUGUGUACUACCAGUCAGGUACCAGGAGUCUGAGAGAAUAUACUCUUAUGGAGCUGCUUGUGAUGCAUAUGGAAGAGCCUUGUUUUGACUUCCUGCGAACCAAGCAGACCCUUGGGUACCAUGUCUACCCUACCUGUAGGAACACAUCUGGGAUUCUAGGAUUCUCUGUCACCGUGGGGACUCAGGCAACCAAAUACAACUCUGAAGUUGUUGAUAAGAAGAUAGAAGAGUUUCUUUCUAGCUUUGAGGAGAAGAUUGAGAAUCUCACUGAAGAUGCAUUCAACACUCAGGUCACAGCUCUGAUUAAGCUGAAGGAGUGUGAGGAUACCCACCUUGGGGAAGAGGUGGAUAGGAACUGGAAUGAAGUGGUAACACAACAGUAUCUCUUUGACCGCCUUGCCCAUGAGAUUGAAGCACUGAAAUCAUUCUCAAAAUCAGACCUGGUCAACUGGUUCAAGGCACAUAGAGGACCAAGAAGUAAAAUGCUCAGUGUUCAUGUUGUUGGUUAUGGGAAAUAUGAGCUGGAAGAGGAUGGUACCCCUUCUGCUGAGGAUUCAAAUUCUUCUUGUGAAGUGAUGCAGCUAACCUACCUACCAACCUCUCCUCUGCUGGUAGAAUGUACCAUCCCCAUUACUGAUAUCAGGGCUUUCUCAUCAACACUCAGCCUUCUCCCCUACCAUAAGAUAGUCAAAUAAACUGCAGUCUUACUGGCCUGAAGCAGUGUGUAUUUAAAAAUGUGUUUGAAUUUUACAGAGUUACACUACUACUGCCUUAGGGCUUUCAUGAAUUUUUGCACUGGCAUCAUAGAAUUUGAUUUACUUUUUAUUCCUCCUCUAUUGAGACUAACCAACCCAGGGUUACUGUAGCAGCUUGUAGCACCAGUUUGGGAAGUCCUGGCCUGUGUUCUCUCAGGAUGUAAAUUCACGUUUUGAGAGGCCCUAUGUAACCAAUGUGUUAUUAGUACCUAAAUGCUAGGUACUAACACGUGUUUUUGGUUUUUUAAUGUAUUUUUAAAUAAAGAUAGUUCUGUAUUUCCCUUCAGAAUGA